AUGACUCAAUUUGGUACAAGAAUCUUAUUUAUUGGUGGUUCAUAUGGUGGGUUAGCAUCAAUAAAAAAAUUUAUUUCACUAUAUAUUGAAAAUAAUGCAACAAAACCAAUUGAAUUAAUUUUAUUAGAUCCAAGAGCUGGGUUUAUUAAUAUUUUGGGGAUACCAUUAGCUAUUAUUGAUCCAAAAUUUGCAGCUGAAUCUUAUUUAAACGUGGAAAAUAAUAAUAUAAAAUUUAAUCAUGUUGAAACUCUUGAUCCAAUCUUGAAAAAUAGAAUCUUAAAAGCUAAAACAAAUAUUAAAUCACCAGAUACUUUAAAAAUUUCAUAUAUUCAAGGUUCAUGUGUUUCAUUCAUUAAUAAAAAUUCAAUAAAUUAUCAAUUAACCGGUUCUGAAGAUUUUAAACAAUUAUCAUUUGAUUAUACCGUUUUCUCAACAGGUAGAAAAAGAGCAUGGCCUUUUGAUCCUCAAGGUUUUACUCAAGAACAAUUUGUUAAAGAAAUGGGUACAUCAACUGCUAAAAUUGAAAAAGCUAAAACUAUAAGUAUCAUCGGUGCAGGUGCCCUUGGUAUAGAAAUUGCAGGUGAAAUUAAAGCAGAAAUGCCUGAAAAAAAUGUUAUUUUAAUUCAUCCACAUCCUGAUAUCCCACCUGAAGUUUAUGCUGCUAAAAAUUUUAAAGUUAGUGUGGAAAAACAUAUUAGAGAUUUAAAUAUUGAUUUGAAGUUAAAUACAAGAAUUGCAAAAGAAGAAGAAAAUGGUGAUUUAAUUACUACUACAGGUGAUGUCAUAAAAUCAGAAUUAAAUUUUUGGUGUAAUUUCCAUUCAAAUAAUAUUCAACCUUUUUUACCUGUUUUCCAAGAUAAAGUUGAAUUACCAAAAGGUGAAAUAAAAGUUGAAGAAACUUUAUUAGUGAAAGGCCUCAAGAAUAUAUUUGCCAUUGGUGAUGUUGUUAAUUUACCAAUUAUUAAAACUGCAGGUGGUGCAUAUCACCAGGGUGAACGUGUUGCAAAUUCUUUAUUCAAUAUUCUAAUAAGAAAUGAAGAAACUUAUCAUAAAGUUGAUUUGAAAAUUUAUCCAGCUGGUAUGACUGUUGUUAUUGGGAGACAUAAAUCUGUUUCUCAAUAUAAUAAUAUUGGAGAUGGUGAAAUUAAAGUUAAUGAUGAAGAUGUUUUAGGAUAUUAUCAUGAUUAUUGUACUACUUCUACUAAGAAUACUAUGAAUAUUAAUGGUGAAUAUGAAGAGGAAGAGUAA